AAAAAAGUGACUGAAUUAGCUGCGAUAUCUUUUACAGAGUCACGCUCAUUACCAUUAGUGCUUCUUGCCAAGAGAGAAGUCUCAGGACAUGUCACCUCCACUACUCCGAAGAUCUCUUAGCCCCCAAUCUUAAAGGACUGAAUGGAGGGCCCGACGAAGGAGGCCUCGGCCUCCAGCCGUUCGCCGCCUAGGCAACGGGGUAUCUUUUCCGAAAUAUUGAGGCAGCACAAUGAGGAGGAUGUCGAGGGUUGCCGGAUGGCACCGGUGGUUACGGAAGAUUUCAUAAAUUCAAAUAGGUCCUUUUUAGUCCGCUGACUAGGUCUCAUGUUAAAAAUCUUGGAGCAACUAUCUCCUCUUAGUUAUACCUCCAGCUCCUGAAUGUGUCUUGGAUUUUUCUUUAUACGCACUACGACCUCUGCUCUAAGCUCCCUUCCGAGGGUGACGUAGGCACCGUCCGAACGCACGGAAAUGCGAAUGCCAGAAGUUUCAAGCUCUCGCAGGAGAGCAGAAAUCAUAGUAAUGCGUAUCUUACGCAAAUACAAGCGGCAGGGAAGACGAAGAUAAAAGCUCUGAAUGGAGAGGGCAACCAGACCAGAAGCAGCGCGGAUAAAUUGAUAAGUAGUUUACUUGUUCGCCUAUUUUUGGACAUGAUGAUGAUCAUGAUUUAAGCUUCUUAUCUUCAUACUUCAUGACUUCGACACCCUUACUUUCUACAUGACCACAGAAAGCGACGAGCCUGUGGACGGGAAAGUGCUCGACAAGGUCUAUGCCGACUCCUCGAUAGUUGAGAUAGGAAGCAUAGAGCCGAAAGUUAUAGAGGUCUAUGCCCACGCAGCGGGGACGAAACCUCGAAAAGUAACCGUAGAACGGCAGAAACGCUAUUUCGAGUCCCUCGAUCCAGUACACCUGUUGAAAGAGAGGGGCAUCGAAAUGGCAGACUUCGUCACUGAAAGCAAUAGAAGCUUCAAAAACAGGAAAGUAAAGCAAGAGCGGCAAAAGCCACAAGCAGGAGGUUCGUCGCCAUCAAGUGCAUCGUCACCGAAUAUUAUGCAUGAAGAUAAAUGUGAAGAAUUUCUUCAAAAAAAGUUUCACAUUAAUUUUACUUCUAUAUAUGAUAUAGAUGUUAUCCGAUCAGGACUACUCCCUUUUCCUCUCUAAUAUUCGCAAAAAACCGUUGAGACAAGACGCAUCGCAAUUGGAUUUGCUAGAUUUUGAUGAUACGGAGUACGAUGUCCGUAGGCCAAUUGAUUGGAUGGGACUAAUUCCGAAGCCACCAAAAGGAAGUAAGAAAAGGACAGGCCUAAAAGCUAAAGGCUUGCGAGUAGACGGGGAUUCACAGUUAAGAAUUUGAAGUGGUAGCAAAUAAUGAAUGAAUAGUCUCUAUUAGAGAAUGGAGGUAAUCGCACCCGGUUAACUACUAUUCAUCCCUUUACGAAUUUGUUCUAUGACGGAAAGUUUUUAAUACACCUUCAGAACUUUUUGUUCCUCUCGCUUUACAUCUAACACUCGGCUCCUUCGAAAGCUGCGUCAUCUACGCUUACGAAGGCGAGGGCACACAGUAUUUCUAUGGGCUCUGGUACGAUGACGAGACGCCUUGUUUCUUGUCAAGACUAGAUUUCUACUUUGACGGCGAGGAUCCAGUCCUGUAUGCAGACCGAGUCUCAAAUGCAUUCAAGCAGAGACAGCUCAUUAGCGCGCACGUCCGGUUUUUGUUUUACUUAUGGCGAAGGUUCACUAGAAGCAGGUAGCUGAAUGGCUACUCGCGUGAAGUCGGAGUCGAGACACCCCCCAUGAUCCUGUAUUCUAUCCUACUCAAAAACUGAAAAUAAGCGAGUCACUGACUGAAAUAAGGUACGUAGCGUUUAAAGGCUGCUCUUGCUUUCUCCGGUAUCUCGGUUAUUCUCGUCUGUUACUUGCUUAAUAUGUCAGUUUCUCGAAUGCCCUAUCUUAACGGCUACUAAUUUUUUUUGCUUGAAUGUUGCAGUAAGUUUCUUUGAAUCAUUUGUUCAUUCUUUAGAAUAAUCGAAAAGGACGAUAGACGAAUAGUUCUAUUCCCUUAAUCUAGAAGAUAUCAUGUUCAUGGUGUCCUGGAGUCCUCUCUCUGUUUCCAUCUUCCCUCGGCCUCGAGGUGUCCUGAAGUCCUCUCUCCGUUUCCAUCUUCUCUCUCUCUUUCUACUCCUCCUCUAACCCACGUUGACAACAUGCCAGCGGACCUGAUCUCCACUUUGUCGGAUGCACAAGUAGCGAAGAUCCGUAAGAACGUGCCUCCGGGAAUGGACUCCGCAUUCGACGAAUUGCUAGUCGAAGUGAAACUCGAUGUCGGCCGUGUCUUGAACCGAUUAGGUCUAUUAGCUAGCGGUGAAGCAGCGGGUUUGUCGCCAUUAGCUGAGAGUGAGGAGACGCAGCAAAAAACUGUCCCUUACCACGCUUUACACCCCGUUCCAGCUUACAACUUCACGCACACCUUUCAGCAAUUCGCUUUUUCUUCGCUCUACGUGAAGCCACAAGUCGUCUCCACUCUAGUGCAGAUUCGGGAAGCGGCGUUAGCUUUGGAGAAGGCCUUUGGGACGAAGAUGUUCUGCACGAAAUUUCCUAGGAACGCAAGAAUCGAGCAAUUUAGAGCAAUGCAGGCGCAGAGCAUCCAAACAACGCUGAGCAGAGUCAAAGAAUGGAUUCAGGAUUUGAAAAAAAUCGUAGUUGUCAACUUCGAGGACGUGCUGAAAGGAUGGUAGUACUUAGUGUGUCUCAAAAACUAAAGAGGUUUUCAGUUUCUGAAAAGAAGUAGUAGACUUGUUUGAGUUCUUAGAAACAAACACAACGUCAGCCCUGCAACUCGACAACCCCUCCAACUCGACAACCCCUUUUUCAGGUAUUCCAUCAAAGAGACCAAUGCAGAAACCUAUCGUUACGGUAAGAUACGGAAGCUCUUAACGAUGGCAAGGUUUUUGAUGGAGACAACCAUGUUUGAGAUUUGCAAGGCUUCUAUCCGCGCAUACGAGGAAAAGAUAGUGAACUACACUCCUACAAGGGUGAAAAUCAACGCUUUGAAGGAUAUUGAGGUUAGUUACAGGACGCCAACGCCAGAACAGAUUCUGCAGGGGUUAGCAAGGGACGACACUGCAGGCAUCUUCCUGAUGGAAGUAAAAAUCAUUAUGCAUGGUAGCACAUCUCUUGGGUGAAAGAAGAAGGUCUUCAAUAUUUAUACCAUUCAAUAAGAUGAUGAACUACAUCAUCUUCUAUCAUAGAAGUUCUAUGUACUCUAUGGUCGUCUCGAUAUUUGUUGUUUUUGAUUUGAAGCUGGGUCAUGAUACUAAGCAAAGAUGAUAUCCUGCGACUUUCCCUCCCCCACAACUUGUGACCCACCUUGAAGGCUUCAUCACCUUGGAAGAUCUGCCCAAAAGACCUGGUGAGUAUGUGGCUUCUUACGGUACUGACGGUGCGCAAUUUUUGUCCAUGGUGACGGAGACGAUUGAUUCGGCAUUGGUCACAAUGACUGACAUCUCUCAGUUAGAGCCACUAGUGAUGUCGCAGUUCGUGAGGAAAACAGACCCGCCGAAAAAUAUCGAGACCACACAUCCAAACGAUGCUUUCGUAGUCGGAGUAAAGAAGCGAUUGGAGAAAUUGAUGCAGCCGUAUGUUACGGCCGAUCAGGGAUAUAAUUAUUGGAACUCGAAAAGUUGUAUAUUUAAUGAUUCACUCCUCGGAAUAUAAGAAAGCUAUAUUUAGAUUCACUCCUCGGAAUAUAAGAAAGCGACUAUCUCCAAGAUUCUUUCCUACAUUGGCAUUCUUUCCUCUAAUCCAAGCCCAGCGAGAUUGGAAGAGUAUCGACAACUUAUCUCGCCAUACCUAGCAGCGUUGCAGAUGGAUGUAGCGGAGAUCGUAGCUUCCAAGGAGGACGAAGAGAAUCCGGCAACAGUCCAGGAUAUUGCGAAGCAUAUUCAUGAUUAUGGCAACGGCUUGGUGAUGGUGUUGUGCUACUGCUACACUUCUGCUCGAAAACUGAAAAUAUGCGAGUUACUGACUGAAAUAAGGCAGGAGGUAGCUUUUGCGGGCUACUCUUCCUUCUUCGGUAUUUCGGCUAUUCUCAUCAGUUACUUGCUUAUUUCAGUUUAUUGAGUAGUUUCUUGUGGCCUCUAGUUUCAGUAUCUACUUCUUGACCACGUAGAAUAUGGGAGACGAGAUACAGAAAUCCAGUUGAUAUGCACGACCGGACACUGCAGUCUGCAUUAAAGGAAGCAAAAAUCUUUUUCUUCUACUCCUUGAUGUUCUUCUUCUACUCCUUGAUUUAGUACGUCCCACUCCUUGAUGUAGUACGUCCCCUCUAAGUCUCAGAGCAGGACAAAGAAAGGGCGAUCAUGGAGUCAUUGCCAGAAAGCGUGACAGCGGGUCUCUACGAAAUUAGCGUGAAAGAAGCUAGAAAUCUUUUCGCCAAAAAGCACAACACUGUUGCAGCUGAAUUGGUGAAGUUAGUGGACAAGCGGUAUCGCGAAAUGACGGAGUCGCUGCUGACGCAGUACACGAAAAUCAAGAUUGCGCUCAAGAAACCGCCAAAAGUACUCUUCUUGUUCACAUUUUGAUUAAGUUUGAAACACUAUGUUGAAUUAUGUUUGAUUUAGUAUGAUGAAACACUAUCAUGUUGAAUGUUUCAUUUGAAACACAAUGUAGUUUGUUUGAUGAAACACUAUCAUGUUGAAUUAUGUUUGAUUUAGUUUGAUGAAACACUUCUAUGUUGAAUUAUGUUUCAUUUCCUAGAAGAACCCUGUCCUCUACGCCGAAGCAAGCAUACGUCCAGGAGCACUACAAGACUUCAUAAUUCCAACCAGGACGUCGAAGAGCUGACCGAAAUCAAGGAGUACAUGGAGACUGUGCCUGGAGAGCUUCUGAAGCUUGAGGUUGAGGGCAAGAAGGUCUUCGACGUCUACGACAUCAUGGUAGAAGAUUUCAAGCUCAAUUAAGGCUUGGGAGUUGACAUCUCUAACUCUAAGAGCGUCUCUAUGUCUUCUUCAAGUAGUGACCUAUCAUCUAAGCGCGUCUCUAUGUCUUCUUCAAGUAGGAAAGCCACAGAUCAUAUGCGAAGGCUAGAGAUGGGAACUUUCAGCCCCUAACUCAAGGUGCCGCAGGAAGUGACAGACCUCAAGUGGAGCUGUUACAAGGGCACGAAGGACAUCAUGGACACUCUAGCAGAGGUCCGGCAGGAACAUCAGGACACUUUGAAGGCCUUCUACAGGGAGAUCCAGGACGAGCAGUACCACUUCGACGAUACCUUGACCGAAUUGGAAGAAGACAUCAGCAACUUCGUCAACUUCACUUAAGGCUCACACUAUAUAAUCUUUAUAGGGUCGAGGUUUAGGCCCAGCGGCGCCCAAAGCACUAAAUAAAACAACCGGUUAGUUUUUACCUCUAGCGUGUAGCCCUUCAAAGAAUAUAUUUAUAAUUCAAAGCACCAGCUGCACUAAACAAAACAACCGGUUCGUUCAAAGCACCAGCACUGACACUAUAUAAUUAAUAUGAUCUUGUUUAGUGCUGGUCCAGCACUGUAAACAAAACAACCGGUUCGUUUUUCCUCUUCUUCUAACCUAGGUUUAUCUUUAUCCCUUGCUUCAUGCAAUAUAAUUCAUCUUCAGGAGCUUCACAGAUCAUUAUCUUCAUCUAUGUCUCUAUGGAGAUUGAGAAGAUCAUGAGCUGCUUAGAGUAUGAGUGACUGUGUCCUCUGUGAGCAGCGCUAAUUUACGGACUUGAGCGACGCCCAGUCCAUCAACGACAGUGCCGAAAGCAUCACAGAAAGAAUCAAGUCGAACCAAGAACAGAGCAAGCUGUUCAACCUGAAGGAAAGCUUGUUUGGCGUGGAUGCCAAAGACUAUUCCAAUCUCUCCAACAUGGCCAGAGACUGGGAACCCUUUAGUUAAGGCUCCUUGAGAACAUCCAACAUCUUUGGUCCUUCUCCGAAUCAAUAUGAUCUUCUUGGUGCCGUCUUAAACAAAAGGCAUCGAACCACGAAGCGCCAAGCAAGAUGUUCAUUAGGAGAUUAGCUGAGCUCUAAUGCAGCAUCCUAUGGAAACAAGCUGCGGAUUGGCAGAUGAAGAAGAAAGCCUAUUUCGAAGGGAAAUUCGAUGAAAUUGAUAGCAAGGAUUGCGAAGAGAGAACGAACACGGGCAUCAAGUCUAUGUUCAAAGCAAGCAAAGCCUUCACGUCAAGAGGCGAUGACUACAAGGGGGUCUUGGCGAUUACGGAACAGGUAUCUAUUUUUCAACCAACUUUUCAACCACUAUUUGAUUACUCACUUGCUACUCGGUCUUGGCCAGUUGGCUAUCACAUACAACUAGUGGCUGCAAGGCUAUACCUUCCCCUUAAUUGACCAGCUGUAGAAGUUGGUGUGGUCAUUUUUGUGAUGUUCUUGGAGUCCACCUAUGUUUGAUGUAAAAACGAGACCUGUCCGUGGUGGGUCGAACUGCAGGAUCCAUAAGCUAACCUAACCUACCUUAACCUCUCCACCAGAGGACGUAAACAACUUCAACUUCUCUAUGCGGGAUUCCGUAACCCCUAUUCGUAACCUAACUUAACUCUUUUUUUUGUUCUUCGCUUCUCUUCAAGAACAACUACUAGGGGUUGGUACUACUAGUUUAUCUAAAAAUUCGGACUCUUAACAACAGAUCCGCGACCAGCUGACCGAUUUUCAGCAGUAUUUGCCUCUCGUUGUUGCAAUGCGGAAUGAGGGUAUGAAGGAGCGACACUGGCAGCAGAUCCAGGAACUAGUUGGCCAAACAAUCGAACCCGAAAUGGAAAACUUCACUUUGCAAAACUUCAUCGACCUUUAAGAUGAGAAGUAGUUGUGUCUUCUUGUAGGCCAAAGUUACUAGAAACGCAUGAUGACCUGCUUGACGUUAAGUAACUUUCAACAAGAACAAGAUGAAAUUGGGAAGAUUUGGUCCUUUUUUCCCCUUCUACCUGCUGCAGCUGCGAUACGGGCAGUAAGAUCGUCUCAAAAUCAAUGACAACAUUGGACAACCUUCAAACCACAUCUUUAUCUAAGAAAAAGGGUUAAUGGACCACGUGAACGAGAUUUCGGAUAUUGGUGAUAGGUCGGGCAAAGAGUUCCAGAUCGAAAGGCAAUUGGCGAAGAUGAAAGCAGAUUGGGAGCCCGUAGAAUUCGACUGCAAAGAAUUCUACAGAACAACGGAAACAUACAUUUUGAAGUUACGGGACGAUACUAUAUCGGAUCAUUGAACAACAAUUCCAAUUUCAAUUACUACUUAUAUUGAAACAAGUCAAUUACUACUUCAACCCCUGGAGUGGGUACAUUCAUUCAUUCAUUAUUGCUUAGGUGUACAAGUUCAAGCACUGAUAGUACAACAAUUUCAAUUGAGUAGUACUGUGCUAAUCAAUGCUACGUCAACAAGGACUUCAAGUUAAUAGAUCUUGAUCUUGAGUAUUAACUUCUGUGUGUGAUUCAUAUUCAUUCUUGACAUACAGUAGAAGGCCGACUGAUCCUUCCGCCGUUAAAGUCUGCCACGUCGGAUGGUAGGCCCCAACCUAACCAAUCCUUCCUCUAAUACCCGGCUCCGAAGAAGUGAAUAUGAUUUUGGACGAGCAGAAUGUGCUGACGCAGGCUAUCCAAUUUUCGCCAUUUAACAAACCUUUCAUCGAGGAGAUCGAGGAAUGGGCGGCGAAGCUUCUGUACGUCUCAGAGUGCAUAGAUAUGUGGCUCAAGGUAUGAGGAUGUUCAGGUUUUUUGCUGAUCAUGUUGACCCUCGUUUAUUUGAGCCUUGUUCUGACUCUUGGCUCGUCGCGUAAAAUGAAAGCAGAAUGAGAUUUCAUACAACUGCCUCAUGAUUGAUGAAAAAGUGAAAAAGUAGAAGAUUGUCCCAAACAUAAAAACACAACUUCCAUCCUACUCUUACUCAACCAACCACCAGCACACUAGGUCCAUGCAGAGAAUCUUCCUUCCACACCACACUAGGUCCAGCGAGCUUGGAUGUAUUUGCAGCCUAUUUUCGACUCCCCGGAUAUCAUGAAGCAGCUGCCGACUGAAGGAAAGAAAUUCAAGGCUGUGGAUCACCUCUGGAGACAUUGGAUGGGAAGAGUACAUAAACAUCCUGGCGCUUUAGCUAUUCUCUCUACUGAAGGUCUCUUAGAGAAGUGGAGGAACGCGAACAACGACCUUGAGUUCGUGCAGAAGGGUCUAGACGACUACCUGCAGACAAAGCGAGAUGCGUUUGCGAGAUUCUAUUUUCUUUUAUGACGGGAACGAAGGAGGAACAACUGUGAUGUACAUGUUCUGCAUAAAAGAAGCAGCUUCAAAAAUCAUGUAGUUCAUCAUUACGCAGAAGUACCUCUACCAUCACAAAUAUUUAUGAAAAAAAAAGCCGAGCAGCUGCUUACAUGUUUCAGAAGUCACUAGAAGUACAACUUCUUCUCUCUAAUCUGAUCCAACGACGAGCUUCUCGAGAUUCUUUCGCAGACGAAGGAUCCGACUCGCGUGCAACCGUUCUUGUGUAAGGUGUUCGAGAACAUCAAGCGCGUAACCUUUGGGGAAGAAAUGGAGGUCAAGGAAAUUUUUUCCUCUGAAGGCGAAAAUUAAGGCUCUCACUAAGUCAUCUUUGACUGCAUCACUGAAAAGUAUGGGGGAGUACUUUCCUCCGACAUCAAUCACUGAAGAAAAGUAUGACGGAGUAUCUAUUACCCUGCGAUACUCUUCAACUUCAACGAUGCAGCCGAAAGAUGAAAAAUUGCGGAGAGGUCUAAGAAAAGAUUGUCUGCGCUUCUGAGGUGAAAACGAAAGAUAAGAACGUGGAGACGUGGAUGGGAGACUUGGAGAAGGAGAUGAUUAACAGCGUUCGCCACGUGAUGCAGAUGGGUAUUGAAACCUAUGUCGAAACUGAGAGGACGAAAUGGGUGCUGGAGCAUCCUGGUCAGAUUGUCUUGAAUGCGUCGCAGGUGCACUGGACCGAUGAAGUAGAGGAAGCGAUUGAGGGGGAUAUGGUUCCAGGAUACUUCGAUUAUGGUCAGAUAUCAUAAUCAUUCAUCACUCCACAGAAGAUUAUUCACCUCCACAGAAGAUUAUAUUUGUGAUAAGUGAAGAACAGGCCAACGCCUAAACCACUAAGCCAACUGCGCUAUCAAUCAAUUUGGCUCAGCUUCCUCCUUGGAUCGACCUGAGGCCAUGGACAUAGAAGAUGACUGAAUCAUUCUGCGCUCUAAUUUAGGAAACUCGGUGAACAGCUGAUGGGCCUGGUCAUGUUGGUCCGAGGUAAGAUCACCAAGUUGCAGAGGACCUGUAUCGGAGCUCUAGUCGUGAUCGAUGUGCACGCGAAGGAUGUGGUCCAAAAACUAAUUGAUGAGAAGAUCGACAGCAAGGACGCAUUUGAGUGGAUCUCUCAGUUGCGAUACUACUGGGAGGAAGAUGACACGCAAGCCGAGAACGUGUGGGUCCGUAUGGUACAGACGAACUUUCCGUACGGUUACGAGUACUUGGGAAACACCUUCCGUUUGGUGAUCACGGCACUGACGGAUAUGUGCUACAUGACAUUGAUGGGAGCACAGAGUCUCAACUUGGGUGGAGCCCCAGCAGGACCAGCAGGAACCGGAAAAACGGAAUCGACGAAGGUUAGUCCUCCUUACUACAACUUGCUUCGAUAUGAUUUUUCUCAUUUUCCUGUUGCACCCUGACCCUGUCCAUCUUCUACAACAUCCUCUUCGACAUCUUCACUGCAAGUCGAUCAUCCUCUUUGACCUUGUGAUCAAUGAGCAAGCAUCUCCAUCUCCUCAGGAUUUAGCGAAAGCACUCGCGAAGCAGUGCGUGGUGUUUAACUGCUCGCCCGAAAUGGACUACAUCAUGGUGGGAAAAUUUUUCAAGGGUUUAGCCGUUUGCGGUGCUUGGUGCUGCUUCGAUGAGUUCAACCGAAUUUACAUCGAAGUGCUCAGCGUCAUUGCACAGCAGCUGUUGAUUCUUUUCGGAGGAAAGUCGCAGCUCAGCUCCUACAACGAAGUCCUGGAACUCGAAUUUGAGGGGUCCUUCAUCGCGAUGCGACCGACUUUCAACGUGUUCAUCACCAUGAAUCCUGGGUACUUAUACUUACAUUGCUACUAUUAGUCUAAUAUUAAGAAUUGAAAUAUUGAUUCUGUGAAAAGGCUAAAUGGAGCUACAAAACAGCCAAAAUUCAAGGGAGAGCCAUUGCUGUUGGGAAGUGGAGAAAACAUGAAGAGAAGUGCAAAAAAGGACACAGAUAUUUAACAACAUAGUGCACGCCCGUCUAAGGACUGGGUAUAUCAUCAUCGUCAUCAACUGCAAGAGACAAAUGCUUGAAGAACACUAAUCUAGAGCACUUCGAGAACAACCUGUCAAACCUUCUCUCUCCAAUUAUCUCUUACAAAAACCCACUCCACGCCUUCACCUCCUAGUUUGAACAUCCUUCUCCUCCAACCACACCACAACAGUUACGCCGGCCGCACAGAAUUGCCCGACAACUUGUCCGCGUUGUUUCGACCCUGCGCGAUGAUGGUUCCCGAUUACGCGUUGAUCGGUGAAAUUAUGUUCUACGCGUUUGGUUUCACCGGUGGUCGUGCCAUGGCCAAGAAGAUGGUCUCGACGUUCAAAUUAGCCUCCGAACAGCUCUCAUCCCAGGAUCACUACGAUUACGGAAUGCGUGCGGUGAAGACGGUGAUCGAAGCAGCGGGUCGUAGUAAGCGAAUUUACCCUGACAUGGAAGAGUUCCAGAUUCUGUUACGAGCUUUGAGAGACGUCAACGUACCGAAAUUUUUGCGCGACGAUCUUCCCUUGUUUGAGAACAUCAUUCUCGAUUUGUUCCCGGGAACAGAGAGGCCAGUAGUAGACUACGGAGAUUUGGAGCAGAAGUUGAAAGAGUGCAGUGCUGACUCGAAAUUGCAACCGACACCUUACUUCUGCCAGAAGAUGUUCGAACUCUUCGACAUGAUCCAAGUGCGACACGGAAUGAUGCUUGUCGGGCCGACAGGCGGCGGAAAGACCUGCAACUACCGAGUCUUGCAGAAAGCCUGCACAGUUUUGUGUCCGCCUGAAAGGAACGACGAUAGCGCAUACCAGAAGGUGCAGACGCACGUGCUGAACCCAAAGAGCAUCACGCAGGCGCAGAUCUACGGCGCAUUCGACGAGCUAACGCAUGAGUGGACGGAUGGUAUCGGUAGCGAGCAGAUCCGUGUAGCAGUGAGAGAUGCCGAGUCCCCGGAUCAUCAUUGGAUCAUCUUUGAUGGUCCUGUCGAUGCCCUGUGGAUCGAAUCGAUGAACACAGUGCUCGACGACAACAAGAAAUUGUGCUUGGUCUCCGGAGAAAUCAUUUCGCUGACUCCGCAAAUGCGUAUGAUGUUUGAGGUGGAGGAUUUGGAGGUCGCCUCUCCAGCUACGGUCAGUCGAUGUGGCAUGAUCUACAUGGAACCUGAGUCCUUGACGCUCGAGCCCCUUAUCCAGUCCUACGUCGAGUCCAUCCCCGAGACGUUCUUGAAGUUCAAACCGGAGUUUCAGACUAGGCUGAAGACGUACAUGUCCGACUUGUUUGACACCAGUAUCUUCUACCUGAAGAAGUCUCUGGGUGAAGUGUGCUCGACGACAGCACAGAACUUGGCCUGCAGUUGCAUGCGGUUGCUGAACACGUUCUUUUAUGAUAAAUGGGGAGGACAAUUUGGAUAGAAGUAAAUAACGCAGGAGGAUUUGGAUAGGCUUGGGGUUGGGCUGACAAGGAAUCUUCAGAGGAAAAACUAGUCGUGUCAUUCAACUCCUUACAAAUAAUCAUUGAAUUUGAAUGAAACGAUAAUCGUCCCUCUUCCUCUAACCUACCGCCGUCUACUGGCCAACCGAGCUAAAGCUGAUCGAUGCCUUCAAAAAAGAAGUCGAGGAUUUGGAACCUGUGUUUGGCGACCUCUUCAUGUACUGUUUCAUUUGGUCUGUUGGUGGAUCCCUAGCUGGGCCAAGUCGUGCCGCUUUCAACGACUAUGUGUGGACCACGAUUGGAAAAGUUAAGGCUUACUGAUAUUCAUCUUAAUACAAGCAGCAGGUGUCUUUGACGGACCUGCGUUUUCUCAGGAGGAAACGAAGCGCAAAAGAUACGCUUCAAGAGGAUGAAUAUUUAUUGGAGUAAGGUCUAAAAACGAAGAGAAGUGGGGAGCCAAGCACGCAGCACACAACGACCCAAGUUGGGACUACCCUACGAGGCAUACGGACUUCAAAUUUGAUGGAAUCCCCGAAGAAGGAGCCAUGUUGUACGACUACCUGUUCGACGUGAGCACAAGAAAGUGGAUUCCGUGGAUGGACACCAUACCUGCUUUCGAGGUACAAAGAUACUAGAUUCCUGAAAGUGAAAGAAAUCGAAAUCGAAAUAGAUCCCAUUCUCAUACGUAUCAUCUCCACAAGAACUGAUCAGCAGGUUCCCCGAACAGCGAAAUACGAGAACAUCGUUGUGCCUUCCUUGGAUAGCAUCCGAAUGACGCACACUUUCAAAAUUCUCCUCGAGAAUGAUUCCCAUGUCCUUUGCUGCGGUCCCACUGGAACGGGAAAGACCGUGAAUUUGUCUUUGUACCUCCAAAAAGCCGCACCCGCAAACUUCCUGACCACGAAUAUGGCGUUCUCCGCGCAGACGCAAGUGAACCAAGUGCAGGACUUCAUUGAUUCCAAACUUGAAAAGCGACGUCGUGGUGUCUACGGCCCACCAGCGGGAAAGAAGAUGGUGCUGUUUGUGGAUGAUUUGAACAUGCCACAAAAGGAGUUCUACGGAGCGCAACCUCCGAUUGAGUUGAUGCGUCAGUGGCUCGAUCACGACGGUUGGUACAACCGGAAAGAGCUGGCCUACUUCCAGAUCAUUGAUAUGCUGAUUGCCGGAGCCAUGGGAACGCCUGGUGGGGGUCGCACCUUCAUCACGGAACGACUGAAACGACACUUCAACGUGCUUGGGUAUUCCGACUUCACCGGUGCAGCGAUCACGACCAUGUUCACCACGAUUCUGAACAAGUUCUACGAAACCUUUCCGGAAGACGUGAAAGCAGUAGUGCCGACAUUAGUGGAGGCGCAGAAAGAAGUCUUUGCGAAGGUUCUAGACGACUUGCUUCCUACACCAGCAAGAGCGCAUUACCUGUUCAACUUGCGCGACAUCUGGAAGGUGUUUUUGGGAGUUUGCCACUUGCUGCCGAAGAAAGUCGAGGGUCCGGUAGUGCUAGCGCGUUGUUGGUGCCACGAAGUGAAUCGGGUGUUUGGUGAUAGGCUGAUCGACGACGGCGACCGCAAUUGGCUACAAGCCUUAUUGGAGGAGAAAGUCAAGAACAACUUACAGAUGGACCCAGCUGAGAUUUUCCACAAUGAACGACUGAUUUUCGCAGAGUUCAUGGAGGCCAUCGACAGCCGUGCCUACGAGGAAAUCAACGACUUGAACAAAAUGGUCGAAGUUUUGGAGGAUUAUCUAGAUGACUACAACAACCAGUUUCCUACGCCAAUGCCUUUGGUGAUUUUCUUGGAUUUCGCGGAACACGUGAGUCGGAUCAACCGUACUUUGAACCAGCCACAGGGUAACAUGUUGCUUUUGGGCGUAGGUGGUAGUGGACGACAGUCGUCCGCCAGACUAGCGGCAUUUGCGAAUGACAACGGGUGCUACCAGAUCGAAGUCGCAAAGGGCUACGGAAUGGUCGAGUUCCGCGACGACAUCAAGACGGUGCUAAAACGAUGCGGUGUAGAGGGCAAGACGCAAGUUUUUUUGUUCACCGAUACGCAAAUCGUGAAUGAACAGUUCGUGGAAGUCAUCAACUCAGUUCUCAACAGUGGCGACGUACCUAACCUGUACAACACCGAAGAUCAAGAUCAGAUCGCAGUCGCCUGCAGGCCAGCGUGCCAGCAGAUGGGCUUGCAGCCAACGAAAACGAACAUUUUUGCAGCUUAUUUGGCAAGGGUGAAGGCGAAUGUGCAUGUAGUGCUGGCAUUCUCUCCGAUCGGAGAUGCGUUUAGGAAUCGAUUGCGCAUGUUCCCGUCACUGGUGAACUGCUGCACCAUCGAUUGGUUCAGGGAAUGGCCAGCAGAAGCGCUUUACGCAGUAGCAAAACAGCAAAUGACACUGACGGACUUGAAACUGCCAAACCUCGAAGGAACCGUCAACAUGUUCAAGGUGAUCCAUCAGAGUGUCGAGAAGGUGCAGAAGGACUUCCUAGACAGGGAAAAGCGAUACGUGUACGUCACGCCGACGUCCUACUUGGAACUCCUCAGCUCGUUUAAGAAAAUCUUGCAGAUGAAGCGCGAUGAAGUUGGUGGCUACAAACAUCGAUACCAGGUGGGUCUAGACAAGAUCAGCUCAGCAGAAGUGCAGGUGGCGGGACUACAGGACGACUUGCAAGCGAUGCAGCCGGUAUUGGAGAAAACGAGUAAAGAAGUCGAAGAAAUGAUGGUGGUCAUUGCAAAGUACUACUGAAGUUUGAUUUAUUUAUCUUCGCUAAGAAUGUUUUUAUUUUCCGUAGAACAACAGUACUUGGACGCGUACGAUGAAGAUAGACUACAAGAACCUCUUCCCAAAUCUCAACCUCAACCUUCACCUACAUUCUUUUCCUUUUGCUUCCCCUUCACAACGGCAUAACAACCACGACUACUCCGUUCCUCCUCCAGGGACAAAGAAGCCGCCACCGUUGUGCAGGAAACGUGUGCUGUAGAGGAAAAAGCAGCUCUCGAGAUCGCAGACAACUGUACGGCGAUCAAAGAGGAUGCCCAGAGGGAUCUAGAUGAGGCCUUACCAGCUCUGGAGCAGGCUGUCCAGUGUCUAAAGCGGUUGAAGAUGGACCACUUGCGUGAAGUGAAAGCUCUGGCAAAUCCACCAUCGGGUGUGAAGUUGACAAUGGAGUCUAUCUGUAUCAUGUUUCAAGUGCCGGCGGUGAAGAAGAACGACCCCGAUAGACCAGGAAAGAAGAUCGAUGACUACUGGGAGGCAGCGAAGCUGAAUAUCUUGAACGAUCCGAAGAAGGUACUUACUCAGAAAUUGAAUAUUUUGAACGAUCCGAAGAAGGUACUUCUUUGCUAAGAACUUCUUGUACAUUUUUGUGGUUAGUACAACGCUUACGAUGGUUACUUCUUACAACUUCUAGUCACUACAUUCAUUGUGGAUCACUUUGUCUUGGAAGUGAACACGAUAAUACACAAGUCUUAAUUUCUACUACUUGAUCGUAAAAGAUUAAUAAGCUCCUCUUGCUUCUCUAAACACAGGAGGACCUAAUGAUUAUGGUUUUAAAAAUUUCAGCUCCUCGACAAUUUAUUCGGAUUCGAUCGAGACAAUAUUCCGGAGAGCGUCAUCACCAAGAUCCAUCCCUAUAUGGAACGAGAGGACUUCGACCCUGCCGCGAUUAAACGUGCUAGUAUCGCCUGCGAGGCGAUGUGCAUGUGGAGCCGUGCGAUGUUCAAGUAUCACCAUGUUAAGGCGCAUGAUCAUGAUUCAUCUGCACAAAGUAUCAAUCUGUCUCAGUUUCCUUCUGGGAUUCUGAGAGUAUGACCUUCUUGAGAGAUGAAGAAUUUCUGAUUGCGCGCUCUAAGUAUAUCGCAAAGGCAGUGGAACCGAAGCGACAAAAGCUGCGGGAAGCUGAGGAAGAGCUCGCGUUUGGUCAAGCCAAACUUGCCAAAGCCCAGGGAGAGUUGGCUGAGGUGAACAACAAAAUCGCCAAAUUGGAAAGCGAGUUCAAUUCGGCAGUGGCGAAGAAGGACCAACUGGAACGCGACAGCGACACUUGCGCGAAAAAGCUCGUUCGUGCCAACAAGUUGAUUGGAGGUUUGGGCGGAGAAAAGUCGCGUUGGGGUGCCAAUGUGGAAACACUUUCCGCUAGCUAUUUGCUCCUUCCAGGAGAUUCGUUGAUUGCCGCUGGUACAGUCUCCUACUCUGGGCCUUUCACCGCACGUUAUCGCGUAGAGCUUGAGACAACAUGGAGAAAGUGUCUAGCUGACCAGGAAAUGGCGUACACAGAAGGCUGCACCAUGGCUCAGGUUUUGGGAGAACCAGUGAAGAUUCAAGGUUGGAUCGUCUGUCAGCUGCCGAACGACGACCUGUCUGUCGAAAACGCUAUCAUCAUCGACAAAUCAAGGAGAUGGCCCUUGAUGAUCGAUCCGCAGCGACAGGCGAAUAAGUAGAGCUACUUUUUGGCAUCUUCAUAAUAAAUACGACGAGAUUGAUAAUGUCAAUCUUAAUGCAUCAGCAGAAGGAAAUAACAGUGAGUAGAGAUAAAGUGAGUCUUCCUCAACAACGUCUGCUAUAGUGUUGAUAUCCCCGCACACCACCAGGUACAUCAAAAACAUGGGAAAGCAGAUCGAGACCGGAAUCGAUGUUUGCAAACUCUCUGAUAGUAGCUUCCUCAGAACGCUCGAAUUGGGUAUCCAGUUUGGCAAGUGGAUUCUCCUGGAGAACAUUGGAAUUACCCUAGACCCGGCUCUAGAACCGGUCCUGUUGCAGAACAAGGUCAAAGAAGGAUCUUCUUACAUCAUUCGGUUGGGUGAUAAGAGUGUCAACUACGGAGACACCUUCCGAUUCUUCAUGACCACAACCCUACCGAAUCCACACUACUCGCCAGAAACGAGCGUUAAGGUACUAAGUUUUUACAUAACGUAUGAUAGAUGAAAAGUAUAGUAGAUUAGCAUGCGCUUCAGGAGUCUUAUGCUAUUUCCAGGCAAGAUCCCAUACCCAUUUUACAACAAGUUCUUUUUGUAGCAGGACCAGGAGCUCCAUCUGAAAGGUUGUCAUCGUUUGCAGUCGUGUAGUUCUAGUUCAAUUUCUGGCACCUCCUACUGUACUACUAAGAGCAGCUGGAAGAAUCUGUAACAACUUUUUUACCCCUUGACUGGGUACUAGUACUAGUACUAGCACAACUACUACUACUUUUGUUUAACGCCUCAAUACACCACCUCAACAUUACCCCUAUGCGUCACCACCAGGUAACACUGUUGAACUUCGCCAUCACCCCAGUGGGUUUAGAGGAUCAAAUGUUGGGUAUAGUGGUCGCAAAAGAGCGUGCCGAUUUGCAGGAAGCCAAAGAAAUGUUGGUGACGCAGAACGCAAAGAUGAACAAGCAGCUGAAGGAAAUCGAAGACGAAAUUCUACAUCUGCUGGCGACUAGUGAAGGUAUUUGUUGUUGUUGCGAACAAAAAAUGUACGUUAUAGAUACUUACAGCUUAUAGUAGCUAGAAGAAGUUCGAAUAGAUUUUUCCUUUCUCGUAGUUAAAUGAACGAAGACCCUCUGCUCUUUCUCUUGAUUACAUCUAUGUAUUAUAAUCACCUUUCUCGCACCAGGCGACGUUCUCGAAGACGACAAGCUGAUCAACGUUAUCUACGCUUCGAAAGCAACUGCCACCGAAAUCAAUCAGAAGAAACAGGAGGCGGCUGUAACCGAGAAAGAAAUCGAUGAAGCCCGUGAGAGCUACCGAACAGUCGCUUACCGCGCUUCCGUGCUCUUCUUCGGUAUUGUCGAACUCUCCAACGUGGAUCCCAUGUACCAAUUUUCGCUGCAGUGGUUUCAGAACUUGUUCGCGAUCUCUAUUGACCAGAGCGCGAAGAGUGACGUGCUGAGCGACAGACUCGACAUCCUAAAGGAUUACUUCACUGAAAGUCUCUACCAAAACGUUUGCAGAGGUUUGUUCGAGAAGGACAAAUUGAUGUUUUCCUUUGCGUUGUGCUUGCGAUUGCUAGCUGGAGACAACAACUUGAACGACGAAGAAGUGGCAUAUUUGCUCACGGGGCCGACGGCGGAUUUGGCCACCGGUGGUCCACCUAUACCAGCAGAUUGGGUGUCGCAAUCUAUGUGGAAUGAGCUGCUAACUUUGUCCAAGCUACCUGCUUUUGAUGGCUUUUCGGAGUAUUUCGCAUCAAACGUUGCUGAUUUCAGACGAAUCUACGAUGCGAUUGAGGCAGAAAAAGAGCCGAUCCCAGGUCCGUGGAACGACAAACUGGAUGUUAAGAAAAAAAAUUCUCUCAUUUUUUAACAUAAGAGUGUUAGUUUCUUGUGGCUCUAAGGCCUAUGAAUGAGAAUGAGACAGUUGUAUAAAAGUGAGCCCUCGUGCAGCACCAGCACCAAGACCAAACCGAAGAUUUUUGAUAUUGAUUGAUGAAAUAAAAAUGAAAGCAACUUGUUUCACUCCUCAUCCUCUUCCUCUAAUCCCCAACUCGAGCGCCUCUGCCUGAUGCGAGCCAUGCGGUUGAGUCGCUUGACUUUGGCGAUCGUGAACUUCAUCGCGAGUCAGAUCGGGCAGAAAUUCGUUGAGCCGCCAACCUUCGACAUCCAGAAGUCCUUCGGCGAUUCUUUGAACUUCACUCCGCUUAUCUUCAUCCUAGUCUCAGGGUCCGAUCCAGUCGGCGAUGUCAUCACCUUCGCGGAGAAAAUGGGCAUGAGCAAGAAGCUAGAGAUGAUCUCUUAAGGCCCAUUUUCUUAAUAAUACUUCAUCUUCCACUGGUGCAUCUCCAACAAGUAUUCUACUUGAGAAUAGAUACUCUCAGAGAUGCACAGUGACUACUUGAGAAUACUCUCAGAUGACAUGCUCUGUUAGUAGGAGACAAGUUCUUGCCUGACUUUUCUUUUUUCGGUUUUUGUUUUUUCUGGUUAGAUAUGCUCCGCCAGCAAUAGAUACUCUCAGAGUAAUCGAGAAUAGAUACUCUCAGAGAUGCACCGUCCAAGGAUGAACAUUGGACAGCCCUAAAUCUCGUUAGGUCAGGGACAAGGACCCAAGGCCGCUGCGUUGAUCGAGAACGGUGUCCAUAGCGGAAGUUGGGUCUUGCUGCAGAACUGUCACUUGGCAAUUUCCUGGAUGCCCAAACUAGAGUUAAGGGUUACCACAUUGCAUUCUUCACUACCAUCCUUGACUUUUUUUCCAGUAGGAAAAGGGUCAGGGAUGAUCUGAAGAAUGUAAUGUCGCAACCUCUAAUAGAGGCUAUUGUAGAACAGUUCAACCCGGACAACAUCAACAACAACUUCCGGCUAUGGCUAACAUCGAUGCCCUCCAUAGCCUUCCCAGUUCAAGUGUUGCAGAUCGGAGUGAAAAUGACGAACGAACCACCGAAGGGUCUGCGGGCGAACUUGCUGCGCAGUUACAGCGGCUUCACGGACGAGUACGUGUCGGAGAGUAACAAACCGGACAUCUUCAAGCGACUACUGUUCGGCUUCUGCUUCUUCCACGCGGUUAUCCAGGAUCGACGGAAAUUCGGUCCUAUUGGUUGGAACAUCCCCUAUGGCUUCACGACAGAGGAUUUGACCACGUGUCGGCGCCAAUUGAUGAGCUUUAUCAACCAGUACGAAGAAGUACCGAUCAAGGUGUUGCUCUUCCUUGGCGCAAGCAUCAACUACGGAGGUCGUGUCACGGAUGCGCAGGACAAGCGUUUGAUUACGUGCAUCCUAGGGAAAUACAUCAACAAAGAGGUGCUCGACAACGAAGAUUACAAAUUCUCAGACAGCGGUACUGCUCCUUCUUAGAUGAACAAUGAAUUUGUCCGACUUUUGCCGUUUUAAUGUUAUCUUCUUUGACCAAGUUCUUCUCCUCUCACCUUCACCACGACACCAUCAAAACCAGGUCUCUACUACGCUCCUCUUUACGACUCCAUGGAAGAGUAUGUUGAGUACAUUCGCAACCUCCCCCUCGCCCCCAGUCCAGAGGCCUUCGAUAUGGAUGAGAAUUGCGCCAUUUCUACUGCAGAAGGUGAGGCGCUUGCUCUACUAGCUGGUAUCGUCUCUGUGUACGCCAAGAGCGGGUCCGGAGCUGCUGGUAGGAGUAAGGAGGACGUGAUGGAGGAAGUCGCGAAACAAGUCUUAGACCGCAUUCCUGGAUUGUUCGACAUUGACUUCGUGGAGAAGAAGUACCCGACACAGUACGAAGAAUCCAUGAACACAGUCCUGAAGCAAGAGGCUAUUCUUAAGGCUACCGCUGAAGCAUCCUCAACGUCAUCCGUGUUCGUUGGCUCCUUUUCUACUUACUUGAAAAAGGCACCAAGGAUGCUGCCAAGGAUGCCCAUGCGGUACCUCUAAUAUUCGCUACAACAAGCUGUUGAGCGUGAUGCACAAAGCGAUUCCGACAUUCAGGAAAGCAUUGAAGGGUUUGGUGGUGAUGAGCAGCGAACUCGAGCAAAUGGGCAACGAGAUGUUCCUCAACCAAGUGCCAACGAUGUGGGGUGAUAAAGGUACUGACUUCUUAUUUGAAGAUUUUGUCGUGGACAUCGUCAUUGUUUCUUACGUUGAUUAGGAUUAUGCUUCGCCUUCCUUAUUUUUCCAUUCACGCCUUUUGCUCAAUAACUACAUCUACAGCAUUCUUUCAUACCCAUCUUCGACACUUCUAGGUUUCUUGUCCCUGAAGCCAUUGUCUGCCUGGCAGUUGGAUCUGACGGCAAGGUUGGACUUCUUGACCGAUUGGCUGCAGAACUCGAAACCUCCAAUUUUCUGGGUUAGCGGUUUCUUCUUUCCCCAAGCCUUUUUGACCGGUGCUCUGCAGAACCAUGCGAGAAAAUACAACUUCGAAAUCGACCGACUCGAAUUCUUGAUCAAUCUUUAUGGCAGAAUUGCAAUGUUUGUUCGUGUUGUGGAAGGGAUUUUUCAUUGCGUAAUGCGUACUUACUUAGUAUUUUCAGUAUGUAUUUGAUGACUUUUUUCCGUAAGGAGAAUGAACGAUCCUCGCAUCGUGCUAGUAGACAAAUCUACUUACAACCAAACUUUACUUACUACUUAUUACAAAUCUACUUACCACUUACAACAACUUUGGUUACCAAAUGAAUCUCUCUCUAACGGCCUCAAGACGGAAACCGGCAGCCCACAAGCUUCACCGAGCCACCCCAAGACGGGAUUUACAUUUGGGGACUCUACAUCGAAGGCGCUAGAUUCUGCAACGAGGCGAAGAACAUCAGACCUAGCGAGCCGAAGAUUCUGUACACGGCGUUGCCGGUCAUGCACUUCUUGCCCGAGCUAGAUCGCAAACCACCAGCAAGCUGCUACCGGUGUCCGGUGUACAAGGUGCUAAGUCGUCGCGGCGUUUUGAUGACGACCGGUCACUCGACGAACUUUGUCAUGUAUCUGGAAGUUCCGAGUGACGAGACAGACCCGCUGAAGGAGAAGUGGAUCAGAGCUGGUGUAGCCGCGUUCUUGGCGCUGAGGACGUAGUGCCCUUGGCCCGUUAUCACAGUGACGAUUGGCACAGGAGGUGGUUAAUGUGCUGGCACGCACUUGCAUUAAAAGUAUAUUCAUCAUUGCUAGAAGAAGUGCUACCUGCUAGUCAAAGAACAAGAACACAUACAGAUAUGUCAAUGUCGAAUUUUUAUAGCUUGAAUACCUCACAGUAACCAAGAAGAUAGAAGACAAUACUAGAUAACGUCAUGCUUUCUCUGAUUAUGGAUACAAUUUAUGCUACGAAACUCAGAAUUUACAGAAGAAGAAUCUCAGAAGAUACGCGUCUGUAUAGUUGAUGUAGUACUGUUGAAGAUAUGACGAAUCGAUGCGGUAAAAGAACUAUGUAAUUGGCUGCCGGUUAUUAACAUGGACCACGGCGCUGGAGCUGCGUGGUGCGUGCGUGUGUGGAGGUCGCGAAAAAGCGGCUACCAAUUACAAGAUUUUCGAAAGUACUUGACUAGUACCCUACUGAGAUUCACAAUACAACUGAUACUUGAAUAAAUUGAAUGUUGAGACUUCACUGAUAAUCCCAGUAGAGAAAGAAUAUUUGUUCUAAGACACUACGAAAACGAACAUGGUCCUAUGAAAUGAAAGGAUGUUGAUUCGAUUUUUGUUUUCCCAUCUGAAAAAUGAUAAGACCAAUUAUCAUACCCCUACCUGAAUUUGAAUUAAUGUUGAGUCGAUAGAUUUGGGUAGAUCAGAUAGAUAGCUGAUGUAGACUAACAAUGGAUGCAACCAUCGAACAUGAGACAUCAGUUAGAAUCUUGUUUUCGGCGGUUGGUCCAUCGAUUUUGAACAGCUCAUGCAGAGCCAGAAGAUGUGGUAAGACUACUAAACUCUCCCCUUGUUCACUGAAGACUGCAUAGAAAAAUACUUUGCGUUAUUUGUUGGCUAUAUCAAAAUGUACCAGUAGUUGUAUCUCAAAGAAAAAAAUCGAGACUGUACCCCCAAUCAUGACCAAUGUCGCGUAUACGAUGCGAUCGCAUGUGGAUGAUUUUUCUUCCACCUGUUGCCUUUUCAAUGUCUUGGAAUCGGUUGUGAAUAUUUUUAGCCCCUUUCUAAGUAUCCAGAAACUCUUUUGAGUUUCACCGUUCUGUGACUGCUCGAUGGCGUGACCGUCACUCUUCUCGUUCGGUUUGGAGAGAUAUGAAUCGC